AUGGGUCCCGAAGAGGAGCUCUCCAUACGUCGAGCCGUCCAAGAGGCCUCUGCAUCCUGGGCAUCUGAGCUGCAGGAAGUCCUGAAGCAGGCCGUUGGCGAUGCCUUGCGCGAAGCUUUGCCGACGGAGCUGCGCAAGGCCCUGUCGCCAGAGCUGGCCACGCUGAGGGAGGGGUUGCGGACCCAGAUCUCUUCUUCGGGUUCGCCUCCCUCGCCUUCAGGCACACAGAAAAUGGGGUCCGGGUCCAAACUCAAGGCGGUCAGCAUGGAAAAUGUCCAGAGCAUCACAAGCUUGCGUCGCCGCAGCUCCAUGCUUCAUUCCGCCAAGCUCGUCCUCGCCAUGCAGCCGAAGGGACAAGGGAUGCCGAAGGUACGGACAGGAUCCUUGUCGAAUGUCGACAGCCUAGACGUGGAGCAGACUCGGUCCAUACCGGUGCGACAUUCAAAGACAGAAUCGAUCACGAGGGCCAAGUUGGAGAGUAUUCUUGGGGGACGUUUGAAGUCGACUGAAGACACGACAGCAGAGCCAUUGCCGGCCCCCCACUCCCACUCUCCAAGUCCUGUGCCCAUGGAGCCCACUCUCCAAGAAGCACCUAUUCUGGAGCAAGUCAGCGAAGAAUACGUGCGGAUCGAGCAUCGAAGCGGAAGCGGACUUGAUAUGAGCGAAAGGUCCCGGGAGGACGAAGAGGAGGAGGAGGAGGAGAGCGUAGACAGCUUGGCGAUGGCACCAGGCCAACCUGGGACACUGCGGAAGCAGAGUAUGUCGAUCCUUCCAGAUUUUCAGGACACGCCUCGGUUGCAGGAGCAUGGCACGCCACGGAAAAACUGGAGGCAGACUCUCCGAAAUCUCAUCCUCCCCUUCAAGGCGCGUGCCCCGGAUCCGCCUCCUCGCGAGGCUAGCAAAGUGAGGGGGCUUCUCCUGAAGAAGCAGGAUGUGGAGAUGAAGGGAAGGCCCGGACGACGUGUUGAAGUCGUCCUCAAGGAGGCGGAUGUCGUACAAGUCCGGCACAAACGGUUCCCAUUCUCUCAGUGGUCCUGGCCCUUCGCGGAUCCGGGGGGUCGGCCGAGACAGUACUGGGAAAUCUUCGCCUGCACGUUGCUCUUGUUGCAGCUUCUGUACCUGUGCUUCCAGGCAGGCUUCAUUACCACUGAAGACUACCGAGCCGAAGGGUACUGGGAGCUGAAGUUGGCCUUGCUUGCUGUGGACAUCUUUUGGGUCAUCGAUCUGGGGAUCAACUUUACCACCGGCUACCGAGAUGUCACGCAUGUGCUCCACAGCAGUGCCCGCUCCAACGUAAGGCGCUACCUCCGGGCUGGCUUCGUCUUGGACCUGCUAGCCACCCUGCCCUCGCUUUGCCAGCAUGUGCUCCUGGUCAUCGACCCGCAUACUUACGGCUUCUGGCCGCUCAGGAUGAUGGGCUUAUCUCCUCUGCUGCGCAGCUUCCGUGUCCGGGGGGCCUAUGCCUUACUCAAGCGGCUGGAAGCCAACAUGAAGUCCUCGGUGGUGUCUUCUGCAUGGUGGCUCUUCCAGCUAUUCAUGCUUCCGCUCGUCUUCUCGCACCUCUCUGCUUGUGCCUUGCAACCGUUUCUUUCCCAAGCUCAUCGGAUGGCCGCGUUCGAAUGGCCGAAAGCAUUGGAGGAGCGCCACCUGGAGGCCCAACAACUACGCCUGGUGAUCGAAGACUCCGACACCUACUCCUACGAGGCGCUGCUGCAGCAGGGCUUCCUGCCGAAGUUCCUUUGGGCGGAGCUUCGCUGCCGGAAUUGCGCGACGGUUCGCCUCGCGACUCAGAAUCCCAUGUUUGUCAGGCGCAGCGGAUCAUGGAUGAUACGACCCAAUCCGAGCUACUUC